AUGGUUAUGGAUCUGUCCUUGGUUGCCGAUGCAGUCACAGCAAUUGCCAGCGAACAGGGGCUAGGGUUUGGGCUUGCGAAUUUGCCUCUCCCGCGCCAAAAUUUCCUCUCGAUCAGCAACCUCGCGCUCUCCGACUGUCCCGCCGACCCGAUCGCCAGCGUCCUCCAAACCUCGGCGAUCAUCGUGGACGCGCUGGCCCCGCCUCCUGUGAAGCCGAACAAGCACCGAACUGCCCGCCGGACGCUGAUCCGGAAAAAGAGACGCACCAAGCGGGGUUCCUCGACCGGCGGAGACUCGGAUGAUUUUGGGGUUUUCGGCGGGGACGAAGGCGGCAGCGGCGGCGAGGGUCCGUUCGGAUUCGGCGGCGGCGGAGGGAGGUGGGGCAGCGGCGGCGGCGGUUGGGAUUUUGGCAGGUUUGGUGAGCAGAAUUGGGACGAAUCGUCUUCUUCCUGGUGGUCGAGUUGCAACUUCGCUUAUGGGUUCGUCUACGAGGUGGUAUACUGGAUUGCCCUGUCGAACUGUGUGCAUUUUGCUUUCAAGAAGGUUGCCAGAAUCAUGGCGGAUGGGGUUGGGAAUGGUGAGCUGCAGCAGAGAGCAAAGGUUCAUCAAAUGGGACUGACUCCCGUCUACUGA